GUUCGAUGCGGCUAUACCUCUCCAUCAAAUAUUCACUACCCGAUCUACUCGGAACAGUACACCUACGAUCCGCGAUGAAGUUGACGUUUGCUACUUUAUGGCUCUCUCUCCUGUCUAGCUCGUCAUGGGCAGCUCCAACGGACAAUCCACGACAAUACCCGCUCUCUCAUCGACAGACGCAGAGACAAGCCGCGGACCAUGUCGAGUUCCUACUCAGAAACGUGACAAUGGGCAGUAUCGCCAGUGUCUUCCCGGUUACGACCGUGAGGGCCGGUCAUCCGUUCGUUGCUAACGAGUACCACGCACCUUGCCACACCUUCCCAUCCCUCUCAUUCCUCCUCUUACCCAUCUCACAAUCGGCUCGUAACAUCCUCUCGGACCCAGAAGGCCGGACGAGUUAUCUCAUCCAAGAGCGGGUGGAGGUCGGGGAUACGGAUGGGAGGGGGACGGGCCAUGGGCCCGAAGGAGGGAAUAAGAAGAAGCAGGAAGAGGGCGGGAGGAGUAGGAUGGAUUAUGCUAGGGUGACCUUUACCGGGCGCAUGCACACCAUCAACGAGACCGACCCCUCUACCGACCUGGAAACCCUGCAGAGGUGUUACACGUCUUACCACCCCGAUGCGAAACGCUGGUUACCGCAUACGCCGGGAGCACACAUGAGCCUGUGGGCGAGGUUGGAGGUGGAGGACGUUUAUUACGUGGGAGGGUUCGGAGACUUGCAUUAUAUCGGACAUAUCCCACUGAACAUGGUCCACCUCGACGUUGGUCCCGCCGCGCUAUGAUCCGUCUGCCACUCGAGAGGUAUAGUGGUCGAGCGUAUCGAGGGAAGAUCCGGCGGGAGUGAAGAAGACUGGAGAAGAGGGCGGGUUUUCGUUGUUCGGUCCCGAUCCUACAGCAGGGGGAUGCAUGAACACGGGUGACAGUCCUUGUUGCUUUUCACGUUUCAAACCGACCUCAGUUGUAGUUUGUAGAUUGCGGGUUGGGCCUGACGAGUUGUAUCUUCUUUUUAUGUAUCAAGCGGCUACCAUACCUUGCUCUGUGACAUGCACGACAUCAUGACCAUAUUCAGCGCCCGAUGAAAUUCUUCC